GAGAUCAGAGGACUUUUCGCUGUCACCGUGAGAGCAUCUUCUUCUCCGCCUAGAGAGAGAGAGAGAAAAAAAACUGGUGUAGCUUCAACACUACUUCACUAGACAGAGAAAGCGUUUAACAGACUGUGAUCGGCUAUGGAUUUCUCCAAAGAACGAGAGAACUUCGUCUACAUCGCCAAGCUCGCUGAGCAAGCCGAGCGCUAUGACGAAAUGGUUGAUGCUAUGAAGAAAGUGGCGAAGCUUGAUGUAGAACUAACAGUGGAGGAGCGAAAUCUUCUCUCUGUUGGGUACAAAAACGUGGUGGGUUCGCGACGUGCGUCGUGGAGGAUCUUAUCCUCAAUUGAGCAAAAGGAGGAGACAAAGGGGAACGAUCUGAACGUUAAGCGAAUUAAAGGGUACAGGCAGAAGGUGGAGUCGGAGUUGUCAAGUAUUUGCGGUGACAUCAUGAGUGUGAUUGAUGAGCAUCUCAUUCCCUCGUGCAUGGGCGGGGAAUCUACUGUUUUUUAUUACAAAAUGAAAGGGGAUUAUUUUAGAUAUUUGGCUGAGUUUAAGGCGGGUGAUGAAAGAAAAGAGGCUGCGGACCAGUCAAUGAAAGCAUAUCAGACAGCAUCUACUACAGCAGAAGCUGAGUUACCUCCUACUCAUCCAAUCCGAUUGGGUUUGGCAUUGAACUUCUCUGUCUUUUAUUAUGAGAUCUUGAAUUCUCCUGAAAGGGCAUGUCACCUCGCAAAACAAGCUUUUGAUGAGGCAAUCUCAGAGCUGGAUACAUUGAGUGAGGAGUCAUAUAAAGAUAGCACGCUGAUUAUGCAGCUCUUAAGGGACAACCUCACUUUAUGGACUUCUGACAUCCCAGAAGAUGGAGCCGAAGAAGCUCAGAAACUGGAAAGCAAUGCUAAAUCUGGUGAAGGAGAAGAGUGACGAUGGCAGAGGUGGGUUAGUUUCAGAAAAUUCAUCCAUUACCAAGCUGUGUCUUAUGGAUCAUUAGUUUUACAGUUCCUUCUUCUGUAGUGUGUUUGUCACAUUGGCUUGAACUUGAAGUCUGUUUCAAAGGCAGUAGUACCUCUGUAUCAGUAGGUUUUACAUCAGUUUUCGGGUGAUAUUUGAUUUCUAUCGUCCUGUUAUUAGCAUUUGGGUGUUAUUGCUAUGAUGAUUGUUUGGUGUUUGGACUGUCUACUACAAGGAAAUUUUCUAGAGCCUGUCCUCUGCACCUUUUGGUCAAAUUGGAAAGAUGUAUUAGAUUGCUGGAGAAUGUUUUCCCUGCUCUGUUUAUUGAAAUCUGAAUCCAUUUAGAUAGUUUGUUUUGUAUCAGAUUAUCUUUUGUUAUCUUGUUUGUAGUAUCAUUUCAAAAUCGACAUAAAAUUUCCAUGGAAGG